AUGCAUACCAGCAGGCUCAAGUCGCUAGAAACGCACGCGUUUGUCAAAAAGAAAAGAAACCGUAUCGUUCGUCCUUCGCAUGGCUUCUCGCACGACCGCCAAAACGAAACCGCCGCCACCGCCCCUGGCUGCGCCUACAGCCCGCCUGCCGCCCCUCCAACUAUCAGCCUCGAUCUGCUGUUCUGCACGUACCGAGUCGCCGGACGCCCGGCCGAGUUGCCGUCCCUAAGGAGAAAAACUGAAAAGAUGUGCGCCACUCAUCAAGCCCUAGGAAAGCUAAUGGAGAAAUAUUUUGCCAAAGCCGCAACUGGUAGUAUGCCUGAAAUAGCUGAUUUGGACAAGCUAAUGUUGGAUAUUAUUCCUAAUGAGGUGAUAGUUAAACGCUUUCAUGCGAAAAAUCAUCGUAGGAUGAAAUGGAAGGAGCUUGAAGGCUAGAAAUAAGGGACAUAGCAACAAAAAGGAACGACAUAUCCAUAUUUCUCAAGUUAUUAUGUCAUAAAUGGUUAGUUUACUUUUAUUUUGGC